CAGUGAUGCAACUAAAAAGGUAGAUGAGAUUCUCGACUGCAGCGAUAACAAUAGCUUUAUAUUUCAAAGGAGCAGAAGGAUAUAAUAAUCGACGGGGACUGUUGACGUUAAGAUUGACCAGCUGAAAUAUAGAUCAAUAUUGAUUGUUCAACCGAAAAGUAUCACGUCAACCAAAAUAGGAUACACGAGAUUGAUCUAGUGGAAAUUUUUGAUCUGCGACUAUAUUUCAAAUUUAUAUAGACUAAAUCUACAAAAUAGACUUCCAUGUAUUCUUUUACUUACUCUAAUUUGGACAAACUUUAUCGGUGAUAUAGGUACCGCCCUUAGCUGUUGAAAAUCAAACUUUAAUAGUAAUUAAACGUGUUUGAUUACUGGAAUACAUGAAGAUGAUUUCAUUAUGAUUAUCAUGAUAAAAUCAAAUGCAUAAAACAACCGAUACUAGUACGAGUUAUAAGAAUAGAGAUAUGUGCAGUUAAGCGUCAUCAAAUCAGGAGGCAUUUCAAAGAUCGAAAGAUACAGUAAAUCGCAAUGACGUUAGUCUACAAGAAAAUGGAAACUGGACGAAUACUUUGAUAAGGGAUUAUAUGAUUGUUGGAACAUCAAAAACAGCUGUAAUUGAAAGUAUUGCAGUAACAUUGCCGCAAGCAACAAUGUCCCCAAUCGAGGCUGCUAUGGAAGCAGCCAAACAAGCUUGUUAUGAAACCGUCCUGACGCUACCCUACCCCGAUGACGGGAGGCUCUACUGUAACCGCACAUUCGAUUCCUGGGGGUGCUGGAAUGAUACACUGGCAGGUACCAAAGCCUACACCAAAUGUCCUGGUUUCAUCAAAGGAUUUGAUCCAGGGCUGUCGACGGCAUUCAAAGAUUGCAACAAGGAUGGGACCUGGUGGAGGCAUCCUAAAACCAAUAAAUCCUGGGCAAACUAUACUCCCUGUGUAAAUAUGGGGGAUUUUGAGAAGAACAGAAUGUUGAUUUACACUUUCAUUUCCGGCUACACAGUGUCUAUACUAGCACUUGCGGUGUCACUUGGAAUAUUCUGCUUUUUCAAGCAGUUGCAGUGCGAUAGAAUAACCUUACACAAGAAUCUGUUCGUCUCCUACAUCUUAACUGGUCUCGUUUGGAUCCUGUAUUAUGUUUUUGCUGCAUUAGAUGCGCAAGUACUCAUUGAUAAUCCAUGGUGGUGCAGAGCUCUCCAUGUAAUAUGUUCAUACUUCACCGCUUGUAACUUCCUAUGGAUGUUCUGCGAGGGAUUAUAUCUUCAUACCAUAAUUGUUUGUACGUUUACUUCGGGAAAAACACUUAUGAUUGUUUGCUAUCUACUAGGGUGGGGAUUGUCAAUCAUAAAUACAACUAUCUACACAAUCAUUCGUUCAACACAUCCAACUGAAUCACAAAGAUGUUGGACUGAUGAAAGUGAACUUAUGUAUAUCAAUGCCGGGACGUGUAUUGCCUCAAUACUGAUUAAUAGUGUAUUCCUUAUAAGCAUCAUCAGAGUGUUGAUCACCAAGCUACGAGCAGUUAACUCGCCCGAUACUAACCAAACAAGGAAGGCCACUCGAGCGAUCCUGAUUCUGGUUCCACUACUUGGUCUCCAGUACCUAUUCAUUCUAUACCGUCCAGAUACAGAUGAGAGAGGACUCCAAAUAUAUUCCAUUAUUUCAGCAUUCGUCACGUCAUUUCAGGGCUUAUUCGUGGCGUGUAUCUACUGCUUCUUCAAUGGAGAGGUAAUUGCUAUUAUGAAACGGAAGUGGGGCCAACAUAAGCUAAUGCGAGGGGGAAGAAGAGGAAGUAGUAGACGGGGGACAUUAUACUCCACGCAGAUCACAUCAGGCGAGGUCCCAAAACCCACCGAAAGUCAUGUCAACACGGAUCUGUAGUACAUCAGUAGUUCACAGUGAGGAACACUGCGGCUAAAAUGAUGUGCUGGAGCCAGAUAUAGUUGUAAAUGGGUGAAACGAUAUCUGUCAUAUUUAAUAAAGGAUAGCUGACACGUCGUGUUGUAAAAGCCAGACACGACGUAACGAGGAUGCCUUAUUAUUCAUUAGUACAGAAUAGUACUGAUCAUGAAUGUUAGACAGUUUGUUCUAAGAUUAUUGUAUAAUAUUGGUUGGACCAAAACCGACCUUGAUUCGGUGUUACCAAUAGACGAUAGCUACUGUAAGCGAAUCCAAUGGACCAUGUAUAUGUACAUUAAAAUGGAUAUAUCUAGUCAUUUUCAAAAGCAGCCAUUUGUUCAAACUAGUUCCGAGAUAUGUUAUAUUUGUGUAAUAAAUUGUGUCUAUCAUAGCUUUUAUAAAUAACCUCGAUGAGGAUUCAAAUGUAAAUACAUUUACAAAAGCCGAUCCAGAGGUUCU